CGGGGAACUCGCUCCUUUCCUUUCUUCAGAUAGAAUCCAAGCGACUUACAUCUCUCAAAGUUCUUCCUUCCUUUCUUUUCUCAACGAGUGGCGACGCAAAUGAUAUGGCUCCGAAACGUGCAAAUAACGGCGAAGGCCUCUCUGGACGCGAGAGAAAAAGGCUGAAGAUGGCUGAUGCGCGUACAAUUGCAGUUCAGCUUGUACGGACGAACGCUCAAGCAGGACCUUCUAGAGUGGACAGUAUGGCCCGUCUUCCAGGUGUUAUCGAUGUCGAGGCGUUCACAGAGGCUCGCUCAUUUGAGAUUAAUGCCAUGCAGAAUGCUAUGAAGACUGCAAGCUCAAGCUCGACUCAAAGGGCGUGGCAAGCCUUGCCGCGACACUUACGUCGCAGAGCUGCUAGCCACGAUGUCCGUCGUGUACCAGUUCGUUUACGCGAAAAGGCAAAGGCGGAGAUGGAUGCCAAAAAGGUCACCAAUCGGCAAAAGCCAAAGCGUGGCAAGGAUAAACGGGUAACUAAAACCGAGUCGUUCCUGAAGCGUCAGAGGGACAAAACAUGGCUAGAAACACACCUCUGGCACGCUAAAAGAAUGAAAAUGGAAAAUAUGUGGGGGAUACCGACUGAAAAGGCGUUUCGUCCAUCUCAUCGUGCCGCAGUCCGAGGGUCAAUUCUUCACGAUGCAUCAUACCAGUCUUUGAUCGAAUUGAAAGGCCCCCAAAACGAAUUGAGUCCGGGUAACAGACGGUACGUUCUUGGUGCGCGCACCUUAUCCACACACCUAUAUUCGCCAACUAUGUAUCCCCGUGGUCUCAUCGCUCCCAUCACCGUAAUGUGGAGACCAUUCACUAGGGAUAAACCCGAGGCGGCCGAAGAACCGGAAGAAAGCAGCACAGAACCGACUCAAGCAAAACGAAAACGCAAAGGGAAAGGAAAGGAAAAGGCGAUCGAAGAAACAGAUAUUCCGCUGAACGAAGAAACGAUUCGCGUGGUCUGGAUUCGUUCUCAUCCAGCAACCCAUGAUGAGGUUUUCAAUGCUCUUCAAACAGCUGCCUCAUCGGUAUUGGAUGGAAUCAAGAACGAAUCAACAUCGGAUCAGGCUGUAGACGUUGAGAUUGCUGACUUGAGAGGAAAAGUUAACAUUUUUGAAAUCAUGGGGCCAAAGUCUAGUCAAGUACUCAAAGGUGCUUUACAACCUAUUGCCUCCGACGACCGAAUCAGUUUCAAAGAGACUACCGGUAGUUUGCCUCGAGGGAUGAUAGUUGGGUUUACUGUAAACGACCCACGGCUAAGGUUUCCUCCAAAGAACGCAAAGCUUAAUGUAUCCACUGCCUCGAAUAAGAAGGAUCUCGAUGAAAGGCGCUCGAAGAAUGCUAUCCCUGGAACUAACCUUACUGCCCUCCGUCAGGACGACCGUGUUCCUGUCGUUCUCAUCCAGCGCUCGUUGGAAAGCCCCAGCUUGGCAAGUGUACCCAAUGGUGAAAGAAAUCGUGCCGCCAAAGACAGCGAGGCCAUUCAUGGCUGGACGCUGAUCAUUCCCGCCGGGUGGUCCAUGGCAUUCUUUUCUUCUCUCAUAUACACAGGCACUCGUGUCGGCGGACAACGUGAAUGCCAAUCACAGGCAUUCGAAUCAGGAAUCUCCUACUUUCCUCGAGACUACCCAUUCACAACUGCGUAUGAAAAGCAUGCCCAAAAAUGCGAGUCCGAAGCCAAAGAGAGCUGGGAGCGGAAACCUCCGGCGAAAAGACCGAAUUAUGAAAAACUAGGAACGAAAAGUCCUUGGCGUGCUGAUUGGGAAACGGUUUUGGGGUUGUCGGAGGGGGGCGUGGGCGAUGGCUAUGUCACUACGCAGAGGGAGGAGGCAGGCAAGGCUACUCCUUGGCUUUUACGUGGUCCUACGGCUAUCAUCAAUAACCUCUCAAAGCUCUUCAGUACCGAUGUUAGUCUCCUAGCUGAGGUUAAUCGAAUUCGAUCGAAACGUAGUCUUGGACCUCUCGACAGCGCGAUCAAGUCUGAAGACUUGCUGAAAGGAGCUUUGGUUGCUGUCAGAGUCAAGAUGCACAAGAGGGGUUCACCGGAAGAUUUGGCGGUUAUAUACUCCAUGUCUGAUGAUGAGCUGAUGAGCUGGGAAAAGUCAACUCGGAAGUCGAUAACAGAUCUCGUGGAAGAUGACAACGGUUCGGAGGAAUUGGGAUACGCACCUGAGUCUUCGCCUGUCAUCGGGUAUGUGACGACCGGUCAUUUCUCGCUCUUGCGAGGGGAAGGGUUUGCGCUAGGUGCUGUUCCGCUAACAGAAUUCUUCGAGCUAAGAGAACAGGCGCGAAGAUUAAACAAAUCAGAGACAGUUGUCCCGGUCAAAAUACGCAACCCGGCUUCAGAGUCUUGUCGAGCAGCUUACAUACAAGUUACAGAUCUAUAGUUUUAAAUCAAAUUAGAGUACUGUCCUUGUGUCCUUGGCGAUCGUACGAUACCGGAAUCCGUAGUUUUAAUCAAUACUUAUACUGCUAUUACAGGUUUGCGAUCACCCGUCUUUUUGAGGAGAGGCGGUAGUUUCAGGUAUUGGACAAUGUCCGCCAUUCUUGGAUUGCGGUGACCAGUGAUGAUCCAUGAAGCUCAUUCCUGCCAGUGUGUACCGUAGGGCGAGAGUCGCGACA